AUGCUUCGGAUUGCAUUGUGCUCUGCGCUUUUCGCCAUUUCGGCGGCUCAAGUCCCAGUUGCCCCUCUGUAUUCCGCAUGUAGCGCCGCUGUUCCUUGCGCAGCGCCGGCAGUCUGCCAGGCGUCCGUCUGUGUGCCGACAGUUGCCGCGGCGGCUCCGCCCGCCAUGUACGCGCCAGCACCACUCCCAGCUCCGUCUCCAGCACCGCUUCCGGCUCCGGCUCCAGUGUUGGCCAAUCCCGCAUGCGCUGCACCAUGCCUCGCGCCAGCCGCAUGCGUCGCUGGCGCCUGCGCGUGCCCCAACCCGACAGUUGUCUAUCAGCCAACCGUCGGCUGUCAGCCAGCCGUUCCUGUAGCUCCCGCUGUUCCAGUUGCGCCAGCGCCAGUCGUCGCCGGACGCCUCAUCCCGCAAGCGUUGCCAGGAUCGCCGUGUGAGCCGGGUGUCGAGUGCACCGGUGGUUCCGUCUGCUCGGUUGGCGUCUGCCUUUGCCCGCCAGAGCUCGUCCAGGAGGGAACCGUCUGCGUCGCUCGCACCAUCUACGGAGUCGUGCCGCCACCAGUUGUGCCAGUCGCCCCCGUCGCUCCAGUCGCGCCAGUCGUCGCUCUCGGCGCGCCGUGCGCCGCUCCAGUCUACGCGGCCGCACCAGCGCCAGCAUGCGCCCCAGGAGCCAUGUGCUCGGCGGGAGUCUGCCAAUGCGCGCCCGCUUUCGAGCCGGUCGCAGGAGCCUGCGUCCGCAGACGCCUCUAG